AUGGCUGAACAGUAUGAGGGAAAGCCUCACCAUGAGGAGCCCGUCUCAGCCACGGACGAGGACGGCCCUCGCAUGAGCAUCGGCGGAUACCUCAUCACUCGAAUUCCGACCUUGAAGCCGCCGAUGAACCCUGCUCCCAAUCCUUUCAAGGCUCUUGCCCUCCUGAACAAACAACAAUGGUUAUUUUUCCUGGUCGCCUUUCUCGGCUGGACAUGGGACGCCUUCGAUUUCUUCACCGUCUCCUUGACCACCUCCGGACUGGCCGAGACGUUCGGUAAAUCCAUUUCCGAUAUCACCUGGGGUAUCACCCUCGUGCUCAUGCUCCGAUCCGUCGGCGCCAUCACAUUCGGUAUCGCGUCCGAUCGCUGGGGCCGGAAGUGGCCUUUCGUCGUCAACAACAUCCUCUUCAUUGUUCUGGAGCUCGGAACGGCUUUCUGCCAGACAUACAAUCAGUUCCUUGCCUGCCGUGCUCUCUUCGGAAUCGCCAUGGGCGGAUUGUACGGUAAUGUAGCGGCCACUGCCCUCGAGGAUUGUCCCAUGGAGGCGCGUGGUAUUGUCUCCGGUCUGCUGCAGCAGGGCUACGCCUUCGGAUACCUACUCGCAACGGCUUUCGCGCGCGCCCUCGUCAACACCACCUCGCACGGCUGGAGACCCUUCUACUGGUUCGCUGCUUGCCCUCCCGUCCUCAUCAUCGCCUUCCGGCUGUGUCUGCCCGAGACCCAGGCUUUCAGACAGCGCCAGGCGAUCCGUGCCGAGGUCCGCGGCGGCGUCACUUCGACCUUCUUCUCGGAGGGUAAGAUCGCCCUCAAGCGGCACUGGCUGCUGCUGAUUUAUCUCGUGCUGCUCAUGGCCGGAUUCAACUUUAUGUCCCACGGCUCCCAGGACCUCUACCCCACCAUGCUGUCAAACCAGUUCCGCUUCUCUGCCAACGCCGUCACCGUCACCCAGGUCGUCGCCAAUCUCGGCGCCCUGUCCGGCGGUACCCUCUGCGGCUGGGCGAGUCAGAUCUUCGGCCGACGAUUCUCCAUCAUCGUCAUCAGCAUCGUCGGCGGUGCCCUGCUCUACCCCUACACCUUCGUCACCGACAAGUCCGUCAUGGCAGCUGCUUUCUUCGAGCAGUUCUGCGUGCAGGGCGCCUGGGGCGUCAUCCCCAUCCAUCUGAUGGAGCUUGCGCCUGGCGCUAUCCGUACCUUUGCUGUCGGUACCGCGUACCAGCUGGGUAACCUCGUUUCGUCUGCCAGCUCUACCAUCGAGUCGACGAUUGGUGAGCGGUUCCCCCUGCCGCCUACGGAGAAGGUCAAGCACCGCUACGAGUAUGGCAAGGUUAUUUGCAUUUUCAUGGGAUGCGUCUACGCCUAUGUCAUCAUCAUUACCUUCUUUGGGCCGGAGAGACUGGGCCGUCAGUUUGAUGUCGCGCAUGACUCUGAUAUGGCAGAAGUGGCCGCUCAACGCGGAGUCAUCGAUGAGGAUCCUGAGAAGGCCACGGCUUCUCAUAAAGCCUAA